AUGGCUGUUUUGGUCUCUCUGAUCGCAUAUCUAGUCAGUCUACUUUCCUAUCGAUUUCUAAGCCAUCUUCUUUCGGAACCUGUCAAACAUGUCUUUAUUGGAGCACCAGCACUCACUUUCAAAGAAAGUCUCACCGCUCAAACUCUCGAACAACAAAAAGCAAAAAAAAGAAUUUCAAGCAAGGAAAAGCAAAAGAGAGCUCUCGAAGACUUUUUCAGAGACACUGGAGGCAAAGUGACUGAUUUAAGAGUUUUACGAAGUGCCAUGUAUUUGAGUGAUGAAAUUGAUAAAGCAGUUCGAGGAAUAGAUGGCGACGAGGACGAGAAUGACAAUAAUGGUGGUGGUGCAUUCAAACAUCGAUCAUCUUCAUAUGUAGGAUGGCGACCUUACAAUCGAUUCUAUGCAGAAGGAACUGAAGAAUUAUUUACCAAUGUUCCUACAGGUCGUUCUCCAUUGGUGAUGGCAGCUCCGUCUGCUGAUAAAAGCACCAUGUUAAAAUCACUCGAUGCUGACAAGAGAAAUCCAUUACCCAUUGAAUAUCAAGCAAUGCGAAGAUCUCAUUUGAAACUUGUGGGAAGACAGUUGAAAGAAUUUGAACAAGAACAAUUGAGGAGUUUACAGCAGUCAGAGAUGGCCAUUCCUUCUUCUUCAACGUUGAUUUCACAAAAGCCAAAUGUCACAGAAUCGACAAAAAGUAUUCAAAGUAGAUACGAUCAACAAAGACCUUCUGCUAAUCUUCUCAAACCUAGAAAUGAUCAAUAUGAACCACCUGCAGUUUCUGACGAUUUGCGAGUGGGAGCUUAUCAGCGCUAUCAAUCGUUAGACAACAGUCCUUCAGCCAUUAAGAAACAAUUACUCAAGUUUGAAGGAGAUAUUUCAGAGAGAAGACCUGAUUUAGAUUACAAGUUUGAAAUGGAAUGA